UCGAGGCACAUUAGGGUGGACCUAAACAUUGAGUCCCACCCAAUGCGCUUUAGGUUUCAAUUUCAACAUCAUAUCACAGGUUGUGAAACCCACCAUAUUACUUCAUGGCCCUUACUGGUCUCCAUGUGGCUCCGCCACUGCCUUCUACCUUACGAAACCACCCCAUGUUGAAGAAAGCCCAACUAAACCUACAUCUCCAAAUCUCCAAAUUCGCCCAAAAACCCAUCAAAACCCCUUCUCCCAAAGAGGUUUGCAAGCAAGCAAGCCUUCAAGAAGCUUUUCAAACACUCACCGAACAAAAUACACUUCCGUUUUGUCUGGAGGAGUCCUAUUCGUCAGUUCUUGAGCUCUGUGCAAGUAAGAAAGCUCUGUCACCUGGGCAACAGGUACAUGCCCAUAUGAUAAAGUCUUCUGCCGUGCGUGACUCGGUGUUUUUGACUACCAGGCUUGUGUUCGUGUACGGGAAAUGCGGCUCUCUUUCGAGUGCGGAGAAGAUGUUUGAUAAAAUGUCUCAUAGAACGAUUUUUACGUGGAAUGCUAUGAUUGGUGCUUAUGUUUCAAAUGGGGAACCUCUGAGAGCUCUUAAUUUGUAUAGACAAAUGCGGGUCUCGGGAGUUCCUCUUGAUUCUUGCACUUUUCCUUCUCUGCUAAAAGCUUGUGGCGAACUUAAUAAUAUCCGUUGUGGGACUGAAAUUCAUGGUCUAGCUAUCAAAUGUGGAUAUGAUUAUGUUGUAUUUGUUGUCAAUUCAAUUGUUGCGAUGUAUGCAAAGUGCGGUAAUCUUGAUGGGGCAAGACAGUUAUUUGACGGUAUGACCGAAAAGGAUGAUAUUGUGUCCUGGAAUUGUAUAAUUUCCGCAUAUGCAGCAAAUGGACAAUCUGUAGAGGCAUUAGGACUUUUUAGAGAUAUGCAGAAAGUGGGUCUUGCUAUGAACACAUAUACUUUUGUUGCUACCCUUCAAGCCUGUGAGGAUUCAUCCUUUGUGAAACUCGGUAUGGAGAUCCAUGCUACUAUUUUAAAAGCUAGUCAUGACGUUGAUGUUUAUUUAGUUAAUGCUUUGAUUACUAUGUAUGCAAGAUGUGGUAAAAUGAAUGAAGCCGCAAGAAUUUUUUAUAACAUGAAUGAUAAAGAUUAUAUAUCAUGGAAUGCUCUUCUCUCUGGUUUUGUCCAAAAUGGUCUAUAUGAAGAAGCGUUAAAGUUCUUCCAUGAUAUGCAGGAUGCUGAUAGAAAACCUGACCAGGUUUCAGUAUUAAAUGUUAUUUUAGCAUCUGGUCGAUUGGGGAAUUUAUUAAAGGGAAGGGAACUUCAUGCCUAUGCAAUAAAAAACGGAUUUGAUUCUGAAUUGCAGAUUGGGAAUACAAUAAUUGAUAUGUAUGCAAAGUGUGGCAAUGUGGAUUAUAUGGGUCGUGCUUUUGAUAGGAUGCUUGAUAAGGACUUCAUUUCUUGGACAACAAUAAUUGCUGGAUAUGCCCAGAGCAAAGCAUAUUCGAAGGCCUUAGAGUUUUUCUUGAAAGUGCAGAUGGAAGGGAUGGAUGUUGAUGGAAUGAUGAUUGCAAGUAUCCUGAUGGCUUGUGGUGGCCUAAAGAACAUUUCUUACCUUAAAGAAAUUCAUGGUUACAUUUUGAGGAGAGGUGUAUCUGAUCUUGAACUACAGAAUUCACUUAUUACUGUCUAUGGGGAGUGUGAGAACAUAGAUUACGCAAAACGAAUGUUUGAAUCCAUCGAAUUUAAAGAUGUUGUGUCUUGGACAAGCAUGAUUACUUGCUAUCUCCAUAAUGGAUUUGCAAAUGAGGCUCUUGAACUUGUCUACUCCAUGAGAGAAACUAAUGUUGAACCUGAUUCUAUAGCUCUAGCGAGCAUACUCUCAGGUGCCGCUAGUUUAUCUGCCUUGAAGAAAGGAAAAGAGAUUCAUGGAUUUCUGAUUAGGAAGGGCUUCAUCUUAGAGGGAUCGCUUGCAAACUCUCUUGUCGAUAUGUAUGCCCGCUGUGGAGAUCUAGAGAACUCUUAUAAGGUUUUCAAUUGUAUGAGACAUAAAAGUUUAGCUCUGUGGACAAGUAUGAUUAAUGCAAAUGGAAUGCAUGGCAGUGGCCAGGCAGCAAUCGAUUUAUUCAAUAGGAUGAAGGGUGAAAGCAUUAUUCCUGAUCAUAUUACCUUUUUGGUACUUCUUUAUGCAUGCAGUCAUUCAGGACUGAUCGAUGAAGGUAGAGAACUUCUGGAAGUUAUGCAAUAUGAUUAUUAUUUGGAGCCAUGGCCUGAGCACUAUGCCUGUCUGGUUGAUCUUUUGGGGCGGGCCAAUCGCUUAGAAGAAGCUUACCAAUUCGUGGAAACUAUGCAGAUUGAACCUACUGCUGAAGUUUGGUGUGCACUCCUUGGGGCUUGCCGGGUUCACUCAAAUAAAGAAAUGGGACAAAUUGCAGCACAGAAGCUCUUAGAAUUGCGACCAGAAAAUCCAGGAAAUUAUGUGCUGGUUUCCAAUAUAUUUGCUGCAAGUGGAAGAUGGAAGGAUGUUGAAGAAGUGAGAGUGAGAAUGAAGGGAAGUGGGUUGAAGAAAAAUCCUGGAUGUAGUUGGGUUGAGAAUGGUAAUAAGAUCCAUAUUUUCAUGGCAAGGGACAAAUCUCAUCCACGAUCUGAUGAGAUUUAUAAUAAAUUAGCUCAAAUUACAGAGACUUUGACGAGGGAAGGAGGUUAUGUGGCUCAAACCAAAUAUGUUUUGCACAAUGUAGAGGAAGAACAAAAAGUUCAGAUGCUUUAUGAACAUAGUGAAAGGCUUGCCAUUGCUUAUGGACUGCUUGGAACUCCUGAUGGGAUCCCUAUUCGAGUCACAAAGAAUCUUCGGGUUUGCGGUGAUUGCCACGUUUUCUGUAAGCUAGUCUCAAAAUUCUUUGAAAGAGAGCUUGUUGUAAGGGAUGCCAACAGAUUCCAUCACUUUGAUAAAGGGGUCUGUUCUUGUGGAGACUAUUGGUGAUAAUACAACCAUCUGUACUGAUAUUAGUUGAACUUUUUCAGAGACUCUUUUGGUUGAUUUCUGCUGCUGAUGAUCAUUGUAUCAAACUGUCAAUUGGAAGAGAUAUGGCUCAAUAUCAUCAAAAUUUUACCGAGUUCUCGUUUUUACCAGGCUCAUCCUGAAGAAUUAGGUGCAAUUGUUAAAAUUGUAAAAAGUGGAAUGGUCACCAAUGUUUUGGGAUCUCAAUACAAGCUUCAUAAUGAUGCAAAAUGUGACACUAUGGGAGCCUUGUGGAGCACUCUGGGAGUAAGUAAUUCUGCUCAGUGGGUCCUUGAUGAAGCGAUUGGGUUUCUCUUCUGCUUACCAAGCUCCAUAGUUUCCAAAGUGAUGGAGAGCACAAAGAUCAAUCUGCUUUAGAGGUUUACGUCAAGGUUUUUACGUACUGCGGGUUAUGACAGCUGGAGUUUGUGAUAAUGCUGUUAAUAUAACAAAGUUGUAUACAAUUAUAUCAUCCCAAACUUUCUUUGAUCUUCUAUGAGUCUGGCUUACUUGGUGUGAAGUGUGAAAAGCAAGUCAUAAAGUUGUUGCUGGAACUUGCUCUUGAAAUUGUGCUUCCACCAUUCCUGGCAUCCGAGAAUGCUACAUCAUCUGAUAUUCUUGAAAAUGAGUCAUCUAGCUUUCUUUUAAUGACUCCAUCAGGUUCAUUUCUUCCUGAUAAAGAAAGUGUCUAUAAUGCUGGUGCUGUUAAGAGUUCUUAUCCGUUCAUUGUUGCUCUUUACUCCCAAGGUGCAGCUAGAAGUGCUAAGCCUCAUUGAGAGGCUUGUUCAUGCCUCCUUCAAUCAGGAAACCCUUACCUCCGUUGUGUCGAACUUUUGCUGGAGACAAUUUACCCCUUUCUUUUGGGCCACUCUCCACUGCUCUCUUAUGCUUUGAAGAUUGUGGAAGUUCCUGGGGCAUAUAGGUAAGAAUUGUGGUCAUUUUGAGACAUUAUUUUAUCUUCCUGUCCGUAUUUGCAUUAUUUGUCCAAGGUUUGUACUUUUGGUGAUGGAUUACUGUCUGAAUUAUUAGCAAUUAGAACAACAAAAUGAUGAGAUCUUUUAUCCCAUUAAAUUAUACUCAUGACU